CUCAGUCGCGCCGCGCCGCACAGCCGCCUCGCACGCUGCUUUAACGCGUGCCUCUCGAAAGGCGCACGCGCACGCGUUACCCCCGCCGCUCCCCUCGACAACACGUGCUUCAAGUUAUCACUCGUCAUUGAUAUUCAUCAUCUGUUGAAGCGGUUCACAAUGCAAGAACAAAAUUCUUCACGCUCUAACAAAAACACAUUAAACUCACUGGAGAGCGCCAUUAUUAAGCUGAAGAAUAAUCUGCAAAUUCAAGACAGCAAGACGACGGAUAUGAACACCUUACUAACAGCUGAUCCACCAUCUCCACAUUUGGAUAUUAAACCGAACGCAAGUAAGAGCCCUAGUUCCUCUUCAUCUACAAAUUUAAAUUUGUCAAUAGCAUCCGCUGCGUUGUUACAGGAAAAUAUGUUACAGAGAUCGUUACAGGGCGUAGUCAUAUCACUUCAAAAUGCGAUGAUGAAUUCUUUACAACAAGCAGCGCUUUUGCCAUCAAAUUCUGCCGCGGCGGCAGCACUAAAUUUACAAGCAUUAGAAUCUUAUUUAACCUUACAACGCUUAACUUCAGUAUCAUCUGUAAAUAGUUCAAAUCAACCAAACACAUCCGAAAAUAAUUCUACUUCAAAACAAGAUAUAUUAAGGAUAGCUACAGCAAGUGCUAAGAUUAGCGAAGUAGAUGUAUCAGAAAAUACUUCUAGAGAUUUUUCUCCAAAAACUCCUGAAGAUUAUCCUUUAUCUGAUGCUAUUGCAGCUGAAGAUGUAGAUUUAUCAGAAGAAGUAGAGGAAGAUCUAGCGUUAUUAGAUAAUGAAGAUGAAUUUACAUUAGAACAGCACUUAGAAUCGACGUCAAAAGGCUAUAGUUACAACUCGCAAAACUUAGAUAACGGAUACCCAAGUUUGCUAAUGAAUGCAAUGUAUCAACAACAAAUGAACGGAAGCCCGUCACAGGCGCCUUUAUCGCCCCAGGCUUCAAAUUCAUCAAAGUCAACAAAUAGUUCUACAUCAUCCGCAGGAAGCAGCAUAUCAAAUAAACAAAAAAGUACUGGAAGUGGGCCAAGGACAAAGAAGCAGUUUAUAUGCAAAUUUUGCAAUCGACAGUUUACAAAAUCUUACAAUUUACUCAUACACGAAAGAACCCAUACAGAUGAAAGACCAUAUUCUUGUGACAUCUGUGGCAAAGCUUUCCGACGGCAAGAUCAUCUGAGAGAUCACAGAUACAUACACUCCAAGGAGAAGCCAUUCAAAUGCCUGGAAUGCGGUAAAGGCUUUUGUCAGUCUAGAACAUUAGCCGUUCAUAAAAUUUUACACAUGGAGGAAUCACCACACAAGUGCCCAGUCUGCAGUAGAAGUUUUAAUCAAAGAUCAAAUCUUAAAACCCACCUUCUGACACAUACGGAUAUAAAACCAUACAAUUGUUCCUCUUGUGGAAAAGUAUUUAGAAGGAAUUGUGACUUGAGACGUCACAGUUUGACUCACAAUCUCGUUGGUAUGUCUUCAGUAAACACUUCGCCGAGCAGGAGCAGUGGUAAGAGUCCGUUACUUAACCCAAACUUUCCUAUUGACAAUUUAGACACAGAAGACGAGAAUUAGUGAAUAGUGAUGAAGGAAGUGAUUUAGUGGCGAAUGUUUUUAAAAGACUGAUUAAACGCCUAUAAAAAUGAUGCCUUAUAGAUUUAAGUGAAAGAGCAAUGAUUCAUAAGACACCCAACACUUUUUACUACAAUUUUACAACCGUUGUUUUGAAAUAUUUAAAACGACUGUUACUAAAAAUUUAGACAGCAAAAUGUCAUGGCGUUAAAGCUAUUUUCUUCAUAAUGAUACGCCCACAUGUUUUUAAUAAAUGAUAUGUCUCUUCCAAUUUAUAUAAUAAAUUGAGACCCGGAGUUUAAAAAUUCCGUCGGAAACAAAACACAGAUAAAAUAGUAUCUGUAUAUUUAAAGCUUUUUAGAUCAACUUUUGAAGAAGGAAUAUAAUAUUUUUCGGGUGCAUUAUGUGUUUUGCCUUUCGUUGUCUAGAUUUUUGGCACGUCAUUUAGUCUAAACGAUUCGACGCAUUU